AUGAGUUCUCCCACCCAGCCCACAACGCCUUUCGAUACCAAAGACUCUUAUCGAGUUACCGGCGAAGGUGAAGGCGAAGGCGAUGGCGACUCGCAAUCGUCCUCUAGCAACUCGCCAGCCCGCGCAGACUACGAAGAGUCGGACUUCUACACUGGCAACAAUGACUCCCAGUCAUCUAUUGGGGUCCCCACAUUCCAGGAUAUGGCAGUGACGGAAGAGUGCGUGGGCGCCUCGAAUCGCCUCCCAGCAGAGGUGCUCAUUGCUAUGUUCUCGAAGCUCAGUAACUCAAACGAUCUGCUUAGCUGUAUGCUUGUAUCGAAGAGGUGGGCGCGGAAUGCCGUCGACCUUCUCUGGCAUCGGCCGUCAUGCACGAGUUGGUUUCGGCAUAGCUCUAUCUGCGCUGCUCUCGUCAAGGAAGCCCCUUACUUCGCAUAUCGGGAUUUCAUCAAGCGGCUGAACAUGGCCCAGCUUGCAGAUACCUGUAGCGAUGGUAGCGUUCUCGCGCUACAAUCGUGCAACAGGAUCGAGCGGCUGACUUUGACCAACUGCGGUGGUCUCACGGAUUCGGGCAUCGUUGGGCUUCUCAAUGGCAGCUCCCACCUGUUGGCCCUGGAUAUAUCUGGGGUCUUCGAAGUCACGGAGACUUCCAUGUACAGCCUUGCCGCCAACUGCCACAAGCUGCAAGGUCUCAACAUUUCGGGGUGCACCAAAAUCUCCAAUGCAUCUAUGAUUGCUGUCGCCCAGCAGUGUAAAUACAUCAAGAGACUCAAACUCAACGAAUGCGAGCAACUGGAAGAUUCCGCUAUUACGGCCUUUGCUGAGAACUGCCCCAACAUCCUCGAAAUCGAUCUACACCAAUGCAAGUCCAUUGGUAACGCCCCGGUGACCGCUCUCAUCGAGCAUGGCCAGACCCUCCGCGAACUUCGACUCGCAAAUUGCGAACUUAUAUCCGACGAAGCUUUCUUGCCCCUGUCUACAAACAAGACCUUCGAGCACUUGCGGAUUCUGGAUCUUACGAGCUGUGUACGCCUGACAGAUCGAGCCGUUGAGAAGAUUAUCGAAGUCGCCCCUCGAUUGAGGAACUUGGUCUUCGCCAAAUGCAGAAAUCUUACGGAUAACGCUGUAAUUGCCAUCAGCAAGCUCGGGAAGAAUCUCCAUUACCUCCAUCUCGGACACUGCAAUCAGAUAACCGAUUUUGCCGUCAAGAAGCUAGUGCAAUCGUGUAAUAGAAUUCGUUACAUAGACCUCGGAUGCUGUACUCACUUGACGGACGACUCGGUCACGAAGUUAGCUACUCUUCCAAAAUUGAGAAGAAUAGGCCUGGUGAAGUGCUCGAACAUUACCAAUGCUAGUGUCGAUGCUCUGGCACAGAGUAGCAGCCACGCUCCUCGCCACUAUAGAAAUGCGGCCGGCGUGCUCUGUGAACAUAACCAGACAAGUAGCCUCGAGAGAGUCCAUCUCAGCUAUUGUAUAAAUCUGACUCUCAAUAGCAUCAUUAAGCUUCUCAAUAGCUGUCCAAAGCUGACCCAUCUGAGUCUGACCGGCGUUCAAGCUUUCCUACGGGCAGACUUGGAACAGUUCUGCCGGGAGGCACCUGCAGAAUUCACAGAGCACCAAAGAAAUGUGUUUUGCGUAUUCUCCGGGAUGGGCGUCUUUGGCCUCCGAUCUCAUCUGAACAGCCUCACGACAUCGCAAGGCGGCUUUGACCCAUCUGUCGACGGCGGUUUUGGUAAUGUUGACGACGACCGCACAAUGACGGGUAUGGGAGGAGCGACUGCGAUGAUGGGAGCAGCUGUUCUGAACGCCGACGACGAGGAUGCCGAUGGCGAUGGGUUUGAGGAGAUAGAGGAUCAACGGCUCAUGAUGAAGGGGUCGCCAUGGAACACGUCAUCCACAAUAGAUAUGAAACUCAACGUGUUAGAGCGCAUACGGAUUAAGGAAGGCAUCAACAGCCAUUGCCUGCCUGCCCACGAAAAGCAUAGACACCUCGUUUGGCUUCUCUCGAUAUUUGGCUCAGUGCCGCAAAACACAACAUCCUUCUUUGCUAUGAUGCUGAGAGGGGAUGGUAUUGAAGGGCUGGCGUGGCGUGGCGUAUUGGCGUUAAUGGUAAUUGAUUGA